AUGUAAAAUGUCUAAGGUUGUUCUUCUAAAACUCAAUAGACUGAUCAAACUUAUUAAGAAUGCAGAAAUUCUAAUUAAUUCAAGUUAAUACUAAAUGAAUUUAUACAUUUAUAACAUCAUAAACAAUGGAAUCAUCAACUUAGACUCACAGAAAUAUUACUGUAUUAAUACUUAACUAUCAUGUAUGAUGGAAAUCUACUUUAAGAAUAUUGUAUACUACAUCCUAAUGUAUUAAGUAUUGGCAUUCACAAUAUUCAAUUAUCAUAAUAUGAAGUCAAGUAGAAGAGUUUCCUGUUUAAUAAUAAAAUUUGUUAUUUAAUUGCAUUAGGUGAUGAUAUUCUGCUCCUUUUUAAAGAUGAAGAAUUGUAAUAACUGUGGUACUAUUCAAUGAAACAGUUUAGUAUUAUGAAAUUCUUUUAAAGAAAAUUUUAAUUGGAACAAGAACUAUUUUAAGGCUUUUACAAAAUUAUAAAUAAGAAAGUAAUCCUCUUUAAAUAAUAAGAAUCAUGAAUAAUUUUCUGCUAAUAUAAUUUGUAAGUAGUAACCUUAUCUUGAACAUACUUUUGGAUUAUUACAUGAGUGUAGACAUCCUUCAAUCUUAAAGAUCAAAGGAAUUUAUGAGGAUCCAUGUAAUUAUAUUAUAGUUACAGAUUACUAUGAAGGAGAACCCAUAUUUAAUGCACUUAUAGGAGGUUUACAAUUAAAAGAAUCUGAGAUUGCAUCUGUAUUAUUGUUUGUUUUUAAUAAAUCAUUUUAGGUAAUCUAUUAGAUAUUGAUUCUACUACGUUAUUUAAAUGAUCAUUAAGCAUAUCAUGGUAAUCUUGGUGCUCAUAGUGUAAUUAUAAAUUAGGAUACUAUAACUAUAGAUAUUAUAAUGAUAGACUUUGUCUAUUUUGUAUAUAAAAUUAAUAAUUUUGAUAGCCUUUUAAAUAAGGAGAUGAUACUACUCAAUAUUGGAAUUGGGUUAGUUAAUUUUAAUAAAAAAGAAAUAAGGAUAGUGAAAUUCCAGGGAUUCAUUCUGAUUUAUAUUAGUUAGGAAUUUUAUUGUAUAUGAUUACCUUUUUUCCAAAAGAGUUUAGUAGAAUGGAAGUAUUAAAUAAAUGAAAAAUAGAAUAAGAUUGACAAUUAAAAGUUUUACUUUUAGUAUAUGAAAGAUCUCCAUAUUGAUUAUGAUUUGAUUAAUCAAAGUAUAGAAAUAUUAGCAGGUUUUGUAAAUAAAAUAAAAAUUAGAAUUGAAAUCAUUAAAUGAGAAUUAUAAACAUGUUUUUUCGUUGAGCUAAUUACAUUUGAUAAAGAAACUACUUUCUUAGUGUUCAUUAACAGAUGCACUCAAUCACUAAUGGUUUAUUAAUACUUAACAAAAAUGUAAAUCUCAUCAUCAGCGUUAAGGAAUAACUAAUCUUAAAACAAUUAUUGAAUAGAGAGAAUUUAGUGAUGAAGAAUAUAGUAUUUCAUAGAGUAAACAAAGUAAUAUUUAGAAUGAGAAUUGUGAAUCAAGUAAGUUAUUUUAAUGAGCAUUCAGUUGAUGAGUAUCCAACUCUUUAAUAUUUGAUGAGAAACAUCUUAGAUUAUGAAAAGGCGCCAUGUAAAUCUCACCAUUGUUGA